GGUCCGGGCCCCGGGGGAUCCAGGCUCUGCUGUGCGCGUGUACCAGCUGCCUACAGGCCAACUACACGUGUGAAACAGAUGGGGCCUGCAUGGUUUCCAUUUUCAACCUGGACGGAAUGGAGCACCACGUGCGCACCUGCAUCCCCAAGGUGGAGCUGGUCCCCGCAGGGAAGCCCUUCUACUGCCUGAGCUCAGAGGACCUGCGCAACACCCACUGCUGCUACACUGACUUCUGCAACAAGAUCGACCUGAGGGUGCCCAGUGGUCACCUCAAGGAGCCUGAGCACCCAUCCAUGUGGGGUCCGGUGGAGCUGGUAGGCAUUAUCGCCGGCCCAGUGUUCCUCCUGUUCCUCAUCAUCAUCAUUGUUUUCCUUGUCAUUAACUAUCAUCAGCGAGUCUAUCACAACCGCCAGAGGCUGGACAUGGAAGAUCCCUCGUGUGAGAUGUGUCUCUCCAAAGACAAGACGCUGCAGGAUCUUGUCUACGAUCUCUCCACAUCAGGAUCCGGCUCAGGGUUACCCCUUUUUGUCCAGCGCACAGUAGCCCGAACCAUCGUUCUGCAGGAGAUCAUCGGCAAGGGCCGGUUUGGGGAAGUUUGGCGUGGCCGCUGGAGAGGCGGCGAUGUGGCUGUGAAGAUUUUCUCUUCUCGAGCGGUCCUGGUGCCGGGAAGCGGAGAUAUACCAGACAGUCAUGCUGCGCCAUGAGAACAUCCUCGGGUUUAUUGCUGCGGACAAUAAAGAUAAUGGCACCUGGACACAGCUGUGGCUUGUCUCCGACUACCAUGAGCAUGGCUCCCUGUUUGAUUACCUGAACCGAUACACAGUGACGAUUGAGGGGAUGAUUAAGCUGGCCCUUUCUGCUGCUAGCGGGUUGGCACACCUGCACAUGGAGAUCGUGGGUACCCAAGGGAAGCCUGGAAUUGCUCAUCGAGACUUAAAGUCGAAGAAUAUCCUGGUGAAGAAGAACGGCAUGUGCGCCAUCGCAGACCUGGGCCUGGCUGUGCGCCACGACGCCGUCACUGACACCAUCGACAUUGCCCCAAAUCAGAGGGUGGGAACCAAACGAUACAUGGCCCCUGAAGUACUUGAUGAAACCAUUAACAUGAAACACUUUGACUCCUUUAAAUGUGCUGAUAUCUAUGCCCUCGGGCUUGUGUACUGGGAGAUUGCACGAAGAUGCAAUUCUGGAGGAGUCCACGAAGAAUAUCAGCUGCCGUAUUAUGACUUAGUGCCCUCUGACCCUUCCAUUGAGGAAAUGCGAAAGGUCGUAUGUGACCAAAAGCUACGUCCCAAUAUCCCUAACUGGUGGCAGAGUUAUGAGGCGUUACGGGUGAUGGGGAAGAUGAUGCGAGAGUGUUGGUACGCCAACGGCGCAGCCCGCCUGACUGCUCUGCGCAUCAAGAAGACCCUGUCCCAGCUCAGCGUGCAGGAGGAUGUGAAGAUCUAACCUGCGCCCGCUCCCCGACAUGCAGCCACGGCAGCGAGGACUACACAGCACUGCCGCCUUGAGCGUACGAUGGAGGCCUACCUCUCGUUUCUGCCCAGCCCUCUGUGGCCAGGAGCCCUGGCCUGCGUGAGGGACAGAGCCCGGGAGACUCGCUCACUCCUACGUUGGGUUUGAGACACAGAAACUUUUUAUAUUUACCUCCUAAUGGCAUGGAGACUCUGAGAGCGAAUCGUGUGGAGAACUCGAUGCCACAGCGUGAACUGGUUGUAGUGGGAAGUCCUGCAAGACCCGGUGCAUCUGGCGUGUACGGCCAGGAGUGCUGACAGGGGUGGCCUGGGAGGGGCCAGGAGGAGCCAAGUUGUUGCCAGUGCUAAGCAGCACUGAGGGUUUUCCUCCAGGGACCAACCCACAAAACAUCAAAGUGGCCAGAGGACCCAGAAGGACAGCCCCUCCACGGGCAGCCCUGAGCCACACGCUGCCCUCCUCCCUCGCACGGACAGCUGCAGGGACUGCCAGUGGAGACGGAGUCUGCCGCCUGUCUGUCCAGCUGUGUGUGCAUGUGCCGAGGUGCGUCCCCUGUUGUGCCUGGUCUGUGCCAUGCCCUUACACGUGUGUGUGUACGUGUGUGUCUGUAGGUGCGCACUUACCUGCUUGAGCUUUCUGUGCAUGUGCAGGUCGGGGUGUGCUUGUCGUGCGUCUCUGCGUGCUGGUGCCUCUGUUCAGUAGUGAGCAGCAUCUAGUAGCCCUGGUGCCCCGCCCCCCCCGCCCCACAGAGCCCCCAUGCCACGGUGGUCUUGUCCCCCCUUAUUCAGGCUGCUCUCUCCGCCCUGUGUCAGCCCAGCUCUCCUCCAUUUCAGACUGUGGAACCAAAGCUGGCCCAGUUGUCCAUGGCUGGAGAGGCUUUUGGGUCAGAAUGUGAGGGAGGGGCGGGAGGGGCAGGGAAGGAAUCUUGGCGGAAGUCUUGGGUCUCGUGGUCAGCAUCCACCUGGGAAAUGAGCCAGCCCCAGGCGUCAUCCUCAGCAACACCAAGGAAGGGCCAAGGAAUUUGAAGCCAGAUCUUGGGACUCAGAUUGGAAUGUCACAUCUGUCUUUCACAUCCCAGAUUCUGGAAGCAGCAGUGUAUAUUUUUGGUGGUGGUGGGUUUGGGGUGGGGAUGGG